CCGCAGAGCUGCGUGAACCCUGCGUCUGUUUUGAUUCCGCUGGAGGCAGAAAGGACUUUUUUAAAGAAAAAAUCCUGGUGAAAUCGAUGUGGCGUUUGAAUAAAGAUGGAUUUCAUUAAAGAGGAGAGUGAAGACAUCAAGAUUGAAGAAACGUUCACAGUCAAACAUGAAGAUCCUGAGGAACAAACGGACCUGAUGCCACCUAAAGAAGAAAGUCAAGAGCCAAGCGAAACAACUGAAGAAAAAUAUCAAUGUGAGAAACAUGAAUUCCCAACUGAAGAAUCGACAGAACAGAAUGUAAAUGCUUUAUUAACAAAAAGAGGACGACCGAAGUCCAACCGACAUUUUAACUGCGGUCAGUGUGAGAAGAGUUUCGAUCAAAAACGAAACCUCGAGGUCCACAUGAGGAUUCACACCGGAGAGAAGCCUUUCAGCUGCAAACAGUGCGGGAAGAGUUUCACUCAGAAAGGAUCCCUCACGAGUCACCUGAGAGUUCAUUCCGGAGAGAAGCCGUACUCCUGCCAGCUGUGCGGACAGAGCUUCACGGCGGAACCGAACCUCAGAUACCACCUAAACAUUCACAACGGAGUCAAGCCGUACACGUGCGACGAGUGUGGAAAGAGUUUCACGCGCAAAGCCACCCUCAAUAACCACAUGAGGAUUCACUCCAGAGAGAACAUCUUAAAAUGCCUUCACUGUGGAAAGAACUUCAGCCACAAAGUCAGCCUCAAGACUCACAUGAGGAUUCACACUGGAGAAAAGCCGUACUCCUGCACUCAGUGUGGAAUCAGCUUCACGUAUAAAGCGUCGCUAGACUCCCACAUGGGAACUCACUGUGAAGACGGCCCGUACACCUGCCAAGUUUGUGAGAAAAGCUUCUCGCUGAAGGGAAACCUUAAGACUCACAUGAGAAGUCACACCGGAGAGAAACCGUUCGUGUGUGUUCAAUGCGGAAAGGCCUUCACUCGUAAAAUAACUCUCAACUACCACAUGGAGAUUCACUCCAGGAAGGACUGUUUUAUAUGCCAUCACUGUGGAAGAAGCUUCACCAGCUUGAUUCUCCUCAAGAAGCACGUGGAAAUCCACUCUGACGACAAACCCUUUAAAUGCCAGCAGUGCGGGAAAGGUUUCCGGUUUAAGAAAAACCUCAAAGCUCACAUGAGAGUUCACAGCGACGAGAAGCCUUACGAAUGCCAGCACUGCGGGAGGUGUUUCAAUCACAAGCCGAGUCUUAAUACUCACUUAAGAAUUCACACCGGGGAAAAGCCUUACACCUGUCCUCAAUGCGGAAAGAGCUUUACCUAUAAAGGGACUCUUAAAAGCCACAUAAGAGGUCACAACAAAGAGAAGCCGUUCAAGUGUGAGCAGUGUGGAAGGUGUUUUGGACGUAGAGGAACUCUUAAAUGCCACAUGAAGACUCACCCGAGAGACAAGCCUUUUAAAUGCCAUCAGUGCGGAUCGGCUUUUACAAACGGGAACCAGCUGAGGGAUCAUGUGACGACUCACAUCGGAGAGAAGCCUUUCAUGUGCGUUCAUUGUGGAAUUGUUUGUUCGAAGAAAGCGAAUCUCGAGGCCCACUUGAGACUUCACGAUCGAGAAAAGCCGUACUUGUGUCGGCAGUGUGGAACGCCUUGCUCAACCAAAGCCAAACUCGACGUUCACAUGAGAGUCCACGCUGGGAAAAAGCCGUUCACGUGUGACCAGUGCGGAAAGGGAUUCCAGCUGAAAGGAAAUUUUACAAAACACAAGCAGGUUCACGCUGGAUUGAAGGCGUUCGUGUGUUUGGAGUGCAGAAAGUGUUUCACGUACGCGGAAGACCUGAAACAUCAUUUGCUGAAUUGCGGGAAGAAAGCGCAAAACCUUUGCGACAAUAACCUGCAGUGCUCUGAAUGCAGGAAGAGCUUCAGGAAGAGGAGCAAUUUUAAGAACCACCUGCGCAUUCACUCUGGAGGAAGGAGAUUCAACUGCGAUCGGUGCAAUAAAAAAUUCCUGUUGCCGUCGCACAUUCGGAUGCACAUGAAAAGUCACACCGAUUUCAGACCUCAUCUGUGCUUCCAGUGUGGAAAGAGGUUUAAGUGGCUCGGAAGUUUAAAAUGUCACCAGAAGAUGCGUACUGAAUGUGUACUGAAGUACAGCUGAAUGCGAAUCACAGCUAAAUGAGAUCGAAAAAAGCAGCGAUACUCUUAUUUCGCUUCUUUCAGCCGUACUCUGCUUCAUACUACCAUGAUAAUAAAGGUUAUUGCACAUUGAAUCAGAAAGUUUUGUCCGUCAUAAACAAUUCGAACAGGGUCUGACUUUUUUUUUUUUUUCUUCAGUUUUUCGUAUCUCGGAUUUUCGGAUAUGAAUACGAAAAAAAACGUAUGCAAAAAUUUCGGAUUCAGUGUGCAAAGACCUUAAGUGUUAAAUUGUUUACUCAUCCGUCAACAGGAUUUCUGUAGGACAAUGAAAAUCACAACUCCCAUGAUUUCACACACAAUGGGCCCUAUCAUACACCUGGCGCAAUGCGCGUCGCAAAUGUUAUUUGCUAGUUUCAGCUUGACGCAAGUGUCAUCUUAACGUUUUGCACCUUGCUGUUUAAAUAACGAAUGCAUUUGCGCUCAUAUAGGCGUUCAGGUCUAAAAGGGAGGUGUGUUAAGGCGCAUUGCUGGUAUGUUGCUAUUUUGAGGAACUAAAAUAGACUACACAAUAGACUAGCUGAGAGCAGGUCUAAAGUCCAGCGCAGAGCGCGUCAGUUGUGCACCUCGCUUACGCAUUGCUUAAAACACGCAGGAUGUACAGCAAUACGCAAAUAUGUUUACAAAUGAAAGAGAAUUAAAGGGUUAAAAUAUUACAAAAGUAUUACUUGCUAUUAAAAAAAAAUUUUAGUUUAUUCUUGACAUUUUGCUUUUGUGUAAUGUUGAUAUUAUUAUUAGCGAUAUUAUUUAUUAUAUGCAUAUUUAUAUUUGUUUUAAAAAAACAAGCUUAGAUUUGUCCACCUGUCAGGUUUUGGAGCAUAUGGGACACAGGACGUGUCUUUGGAUAGAACUCAGUUUUUUGACCACACUUUGUUAUAGUUCAUUUAUUCCUUUGCUGGAAAUUAGAACUGAAUUUAGAAAGAGUUUUAAAACAAAUCUUUGCGCUUAACAAAUGAAAUUCAUUACGUAGGCUAAUGGAUGUCUUCAGUGGGGAGCGUACAACACCGUUUCCUUAUUCACGAAAGAAAGUGAAAGUAAAGGCCGAAUGGAGGAGGCUCAUUAUCCUGUUGCUGUAGAUAUUCUGUUUACCAGGUUUCUUAACUGUUUUGAAGUGUUAAAUUUUUCCACUUACAAAGUCCGCCAUGUAAAUAGCAAAUGCGCCAUGGAGCGACGCAACUGACUCUUAAAGGGAAUGAGAGAUGAGACUCUGAUUGGUUUAUUCUCAAGACACACCUAUAACUCUUUAAGAGAAUAAGCUCAACCCUGUUAGACCAUGCGCAGAGCGUAAAUUUCCAUCUUCAAAAUAGCAAAAGUGGAUACGGACACGUCCUUAAUGCUUUUGCGCCCUGCGCUAGACUGUUAAAAUAAAGUCACAGCAUCAUCAAACUGCGGCUUUGUUUGUUGUGAAUGCCCGCCCUCUAGUGGCGAAAAUGACAUACUGUGCCUUUAAGUGUUGCAAAGUCGUUUCAACAUUUAGUACGUUCACUAAACAUGCACUGUUUUUGUUCAACCUUGUCAUGUGAUCUUGUAAAAUAAUGUUAGUUUCUUUCUGUCGGUCACACUUGAAACACUAUAGAUGUACACUUUGAAAGGCAAACAGUUGAGCUGGAUGGAUCUGCUAGUGGUUUACAUUAAAUCCAUUAUAAAUGGUUACAUUGUUUUAGUUACUAGAUUUAUUUAUUUUUUUAAUUUGUGGGAUGUGUCGAGCUUCGUCUUCUUGCGCAUCUGUCAAUCGUCCACAUAAGCAGUCCUCAACUUCUACAUGUGCUGCAGAUUUUUUUCUGUAAGUUCAUUCCUCGAAACAGUUUUCAUAAUGAACAGAAUGACUUUCUAAAUAUAACCGCGGUGCAUGUGACAUUUAUUGACCAAUCAGUGUUUCAGUAAACAGAUAAGACGUCAGAGACGUAAAACUGACCCAGUGUUACCAAAAUGUAGAUUGGUUUUGCAAAUAAACUCAAUCAUUCAUUAAUUUUCUUUCGGCUUAGUCCCUUAUUUAUCAGCGGUCACCACCGCGGAAUGAACCACCAGCUAUUCCGGCAUGUGUUUUAUACAGCGGAUGCCCUUCCAGCAGCAACCCAGUACUGGGAAACACCCAUACACUAUCACAAUCACACUCAAGCUCAUACACUAUGGCCGAAUUAGUUCUUCAAUUCCCCUAUAGCGCAUGUGUUAGGACUGUGGGGGAAAUCGGAGCAUCCGGAGGAAACCCACACCAACACGGGGAGAACAUGCACACUGAAAUGACCACUGGGUCAGCCGGGACUCGAACCAGUGAUCUUCUUGCUGUCAGGCGACAGUGCUAACCACUGAACCGCCCCCAAAUAAUCUCACAAAGUUGUAAAGAUUGUUGGGCUCAUGAACGUUAACGUUCAGAUUUCUGUAACCCUGAAUCUAACUUCACCAAAAUAAAGCAUCAGAAGGAGUAAAUGUAAUAAUGGCUAGAAUUAGUUUCUAUAGUCGCAAGAUUUACAUCAGAGAUGAAAUUAUAACUACACUAGCGUCAGCUCCAGAAUCAUGCUAACUACAUGUCUGAUCCUAUACCUAGCUACUAAGCCAUAGGUCUCAAACUCGAUUCUUCGAUUCCUGCACAGUUUUGCUCCAACCCUAAUCAAGCACAGCUGAUUCAACUAAUCAAGGUGUUCAAGACUAUUAAGCAGGUGUGAGUUGGAGGUGGUUGGAGCUAAACUAUGCAGAGCUGUGGCCCUCCAGGAAUUGAGUUUGAGAUCAUUGUACUAGGCUAUGAAAACAAGCUUCUAAUAAAGGUACUAGAGCACAGGUGUCAAACUCAGUUCCUGGAGGACUGUAGCUCUGCACAGUUUAGUUCUUACCCUAAUUAAACACACCUGAUCAAAGUAAUUAAGUCCUUCAGGUUUGUUUGAAACUGUCAGGUAUAAAGCCUGGUUUAUACUUCUGCGUCAAGUGAUCGGCGUGACCCGCGCGGCAUGCAACGCACGUAGCUGUGCAUUCAUACUUCUGCGGGCUGUUUGUGUUACUCUGCAAUAACACUUCCGAAAUGCUAGCUGGCAGUAGGUGUUUGUGAAGUUUCAUAAACCAAAUUUCGAGAGGAGCACGUGAUAUGAUUGAGCACGUCUGGCCGCUCAUCUGUAAUCAGUAAUAAUCCAAUCAGAGUGAUCCUAGUUUACUAUAAAUGGAUCAUUUUCUCCCUAAUGUUUUAUCUUCGUUUGGAAGAAUCCCCCCUUCCACCCCAUCUCCUCCUUUUCCUCCCUUUUCUAAAGGGGGAGCUCUCGAGACCUACCUGAUCUCGGAUCUCCUGAUAUGCUUAUCGACCGGGCGGGAGCCCUGGGCUCAAAUAUCUCCGAGCUCAGGGUUCUCUCCCGGGACAGCAUGCCAAACCUGCUUUAUACGCCAAGCAUAUCUAAGUGGGAACUCUUGAAAUUCCUCUGUGUCGAAUUUCUUCGCUGGUCUUUUGUUUUUUUCUGAACGCUUUCUUAAUGUACGUAAUUUUGAGGCAGGAACCGGCGGACGUGCAACAACUUUAAUCACAAGGUAAACACAAAACAAAACUUUUCAUCCGGAGCUCCUUCACAGGAUUCCACACUUGUAAACACUCGCUCCAUCGGGCUCACGCGGCUCUCGGUCCCGCCCACACUCCUCAACGCUAUCAAGGCGACCAAUCGGCUUGCGCUUGACGCAGAAGUAUAAACCAGCCUUAAGCUACGGUCACACUGGGCUUUGUGUGUGCAAAAUUCUGUCAUGCGGCGCUGCGAAAAGGGGCGAGAUUAAACAAGAUUAGACAUUAAAAAAGCGAGCGAUUGCUCCAUGUUUUAAAUUUCUGUUGAGAGAGGUCGUGUUUUGAUCCUCGAUUAGUCUCAUGCAGUUAAGUGAUGCGAUUUUACAGGUUAGAGUUCACCAGGCUUGAACUUUGCACCGCAGAAACCUGCGAAACUUGACGCAUGACCCCGCGUUUCCGGUCUGACGCAUUUGCGUGCGUAUGAAUGGAAGUCUGUGGGAAGAAAAGUCAAGUGUGACCGGAGCUUCAAGUGUGCUGGAGUGGGGUUGGAACUAAACUGUGCAGGGUUGCGGCCCUCCAAGAGUUUAACACCCCUGUACUAGAUUAUACACAAUCUACAUAAUUGUUCAUUAGGCCAUGUUUACAUGAACACAGGUGAAAAACCACACAGUUUCACCGUUUGUCCACAUGAAAAUUAAGUAUCAAGUGACUAAAACCGAAACUUUUUGAAAACUUUGGCCGGGGUGAAGAUUUUCCAAAACUCUGUGUGUACUAGAGAUGCGCAGAUCAGCUGAAAUGACACCCGAAUCCGCGGCUUCAUACUAAUCAUCCACCCGCCACCCACACGCACAUAGUUUUAUCUGAUAUAUAUAUCCGCACCCAUCACUUUAAUAAUAUAAUUCUUUGUUUUAGGCAUGAUGAUAGGUCAACAUGGAUAUUAACAGCAGAUUCAGUGAACUAAUCUGCGCAUCUCUGAUAGUAAAAUAAUACGUUAAUCUUAAACAUUUAUUUAUAAAAGCAAAAGUUUGUCUUUAGAUGACAUUUUCUUGAUUUUCAAACAGAUACAGAAAGUAAAAAUAAGACAUUUUGGCUUUUACAGAUACAGGAACAAGAAAACAAAAUGGGUGCCGCUUCAGCCUAAACGGCAGCUAUAUAGCAUCUACUGUGCCUGGAUUCAGGCGAUUCCGCCUCGCCUCCAAAAUGCGGCCAGCUGCACUGAAUGAGUGUUCGCUCGCACCGCGUGUUGUAGGAAUGAACAAGAUUCUCCUCGCAAGGCGCUGCAGUCGUGGAAAUAAGCGAUCUUGUUUCUCCCAGAACGAUAGCAUUUUCCUCUGAUGACUCCUCUAACUGAAACUGAACAGUGGGCUACUCUUGCACUUCAUCCAUUAGCCUAUUAUUGGUCGUCUCAUCUUCCCAUUCUGCAAAGCCCACUCUCUGCUUUUUCGCUGGUCCACUGCCAUGUCCUGCAACAUCCACCCGCAACCGACCCGCAAUUAAUCAUAAUGUAUUUUUCAUUACCCAACCUGCAGAUUAUCCGCAGCACCCGCGGAUAUAACCGCCAUUUGUGCAUCCCUGGUUGGUAGUGUGGUCGUGUGGACACUAUAACAUGAGUUUUCACCUCAUGAUGUCAGUGUGCGCGCGGGUUUCUCCUUUCUGAUUGGCCAACACAGCUAAUUUCACACAAGAUUGAAGCUGCGGUCACACUGGACUUUUCCUCCCAUAGACUUCCAUUCAUACGCACACGAAUGUGUCAGACCGGAAACGCAAGGUUGUGCGUCAAGUUUCACAGUUCAAGGAAGUUGGAAAGUUCAAGGUUGGUGAACUCUGACCAAAUCGCAUCACGGCCAACAGCCGCGAGUGUUUCACACGCUGUGUGCUCGAGCGGAAAAAGCGUGUUAGUCAGUCAGUUAGGCAGUCGCGCCUUUUUCUUUCGUCAAUCAAAUGAAUGGACUGCAGGGUUUCUGUUGAGGUGACAGCAGGGUUUCUGUUGAGGUGACAGCAGGGUUUGUGUUGUCAAUACGACUACGGCGAACUUUUAAUGAUGGAGGAGAGACUUGUGGUCGCUGUUUCAAGUUAUCCAGAGCUGUAUGACUUUACAGAUCUUAAAUAUUUGCUUACAAUUCAGAAAAAAAUAAAAAAUAAGUAAUAAUGGCCUCGAUUUCACUUCUAAUCUUCAGUUUAGCGGUUCAGUUCUUUAGCACUUUUGUAUUGAAGCACUUGUUAUUGUUUAGAAGAAAACACUUUAUUUGACGUAGUACUUUUAAUUAAAUGGUGCAAAGCAUAAUCAUUGAAGAGAGUCUAUCUCAGUCUGUUUUCCGGUUUUUUAAGCACUUUAAGCUCUCGUUACUUUAUUUUUUCUGUAUUAUCGUCAAUAUUUGAAGUCCUUCUGUGCAGUUUUUAUCCAACACCCCCCAGGUGGGAUUCAGGUGUGUUCGAUUAGGGAGAGGUUGAAAAUGUGGACUGCUGGUGUUCCUUCAGGAACAGGGUUGGGAAACACUGCUGUAGACUAUCGAAAAUAUAGAGCUUAAAGGGGCUAAUAAUUUCGACCUUAAAAUGUUUUUAAAACAAUUUAAAACUACUUUUAUUCUAGCCGAAAUAAAACAAGUAAGACUUUCUCCAGAAGAAAAAAUAUUAUCAGACAUACUGUGAAAAUUUCCUGAAUCUGUUAAACAUCAUUUGGGAAAUAUUUUAAAAAAUCAAAGAGGGGGCUAAUAAUUCUGGCUUCAACUGUACUUGAUACAGCAUACAAGGCUUUUUAUCAACAUCUGUUGGGUCGGCGUUCCCUUAAAAUGUAUGACAGUGCAGUUUAGUGUGUUCACGUGCACACAGAUUUAAAAACAGUUCACCAAAAUACCCUUAUAUGUGUGGAAUUCUAGUGAAAUAGUCUCUGUGAGGAAUUUAACCUCCUUGGACUUGUGUCCACAUACAUGGACAGCACAUUUUAGCUCUGAAGUGGCUAUUUCAAAUACUUAGGAUGUUUUAUAUUGUGUUACAGACAUGCAGUGUCAUAUGAAAUGCCCCAAACACUAAU